AUGGCUCCCUCUCCGGCCCCUCACGACAGACCGUCGUUCUCUUCUGAUCUCGCACCCGCGUCUUCUACUCAACACGGCCCUUCCUCGCCUGCCCAACAAAGAACUCUUGCCCCCACUGGAACCCCCAAUGCGACGGCACAUCGUUCAGGCAGCGGCAGCCCUAGAGGCACUGCCCAAGCCUCAAAGUCAUCUCCUCCCAGCGCUGCGCGACACGCCAACGGCGCUCCCAAGAUCGUCGUGAAGAAGGAGCCCAACUCCCCCGAUCUUCCGACCACCCGACACAGGCCACGCAAACUGGACCUGUCGAACAAGGGCGCUCACCCGGGCUCCAACACUCCCGGCACCGCCAGGCCCAUGACCGCUCGGGAGAACCUGGGCAUUCAGGAAGUCGGCCUGGCUUGUCUCUCGCCUGGCUUUGUUACCCAAGACCCGGUUAUGAAGGAGCAGCUCCAGCGCAGCAUGAGCGUGAGGGACCAGCAACGCAUGAUCAUCGAACAGAGAAUGCAGCAGCAGUCGGCCAAGGGCGACGGUCCUGAUACCUCCAGCAAGGACCCCGUGUCGCAAUUCGCUGCCAAGACCCCCGGGCUGUCUCGCAGGAACAAGGCUCAGCUUUCCAUUCUGCCGCCCUCGGCCGAGUCCUUCGCCAACGAGCGCGUUAUCCAGUCUGCUCCCUUGGGACACUCCUUCACCGGCCGUCAACACCCUGCACCUCUGACUCGCCACAUUGCGAACCAGCCGAACACGCUGUCCAACACCUCUCACAUCCACCACGUUCCUGCCAACCAGACAAACAACCUCUCCGGUCAUCCCGAGAACGCGCCCAACUCGCUGUACCCUCAAAACAGCUCGCGACCUCCUAUGACGUCGCCCGGCCACCCUCCUCAGAUGCAGCAUGGUCCCCCGACGUCGGGACGUGCGCGGGAGUACAAGUCUGCCGAAGAGGCGCAACAUGAGAUUGCCGGAGGCCGCCCCGAGCUGCUCCCCAAGAUUGUGCACUACGGCAACACCCACCAGCCUCCUACGCCGCCCUCUCCCGCCCCGGGGAGCAGACUUGCCGACCCCAGUCGCAGUGCCAGCCGGCGUCGCACCCGUGCCGAGUACGAGGACGGCAGCCCGCCUCUGGGCCACGGUCCCGCUCCCCAAAGAAGAGGACCGUUCGGCGCUGGUCGGGACAGCCCCGAGAGCCAAAGAGCAAAGCGUGACGAGUUUCUCAAGCUCUGCGAGAGGGCCUGGGACCUGUUCCACUCCUAA